AUAUUUUUAUUUUCAUUUCCUUUAAGUGCAUAGUUCUUCCUCAAAUUUCUAAUACCUGUUGCGUCUCUUUCUUUCUUUCUUCAACCUCUUAUUUCUUCUUCAGCGCCAACGUGUAUCUGCAGUAAACAGUACAUAUCCAUCGAUCGAUCUCCUCAAAAAGUUCUUGUUUUCUUGAAAUCCAACAAGGUUGUUUCUUGUUCUUGAUCAAACAUACAUAUAUAUAGAUGGUGGAAGAAGGCGGCGUAGUUGUGAAUCAAGGAGGAGAUCAGGAGGAUGAAUGGGUGGUGUGUAGGGUUUUUCACAAGAGCGCUCCUAGUACUACAAUCACUCCUACAAACCAACUCUCAAGGAUUGAUUCACUUGAUAACAUUGAUCAUCUCUUAGACUUCUCAUAUCUCCCUCCUCUCAUAGAUCCGGGUUUCUUGGGUCAAUCCGGCCCAAGCUUCUCCGGUGCCCGCCAACAACAUGACCUCAAACCUGUCCCCCACCAUCCUACAACCGCACCAGUCGACAACACUUACCUCCCUACCCAAACUCUCAAUUUCCCUUACCACUCGGUCCAUAAUUCCGGAUCUGAUUUCGGUUACGGGGCAGGUUCAGGCAAUGAUGACAAAGGUAUGAUUAAGUUGGAGCAUUCUCUUGUGAGUGUGUCUCAAGAAACCGGUUUGAGUUCCGAUGUGAACACAACCGCAACACCAGAGAUAUCUUCUUAUCCAAUGAUGAUGAAUCCGGCAGCAAAUGCGGCAGUGAUGGAUGGUAGCAAGUCAGCGUGUGAUGAUCUUGAUGACUUGAUCUUCUGGGAAGAUUUAUAUACUAGCUAAAUUUGGGAAAAGGUUAUUUGUUAAUUGUGAUUGAAGAGUGGCAUAUUGAUUACUUGUCUAGUGUUUUUAAUCGUGUAAUUAGUUUGUAUAUAAUAUACAUGUACAUAAGAU